AUGCCCGCCUUCACGCUCUAUGGCGCCCGCGGCUCGAGCAAUAGCGAUCGCGUUCGCCUGUCUCUCGCCGAUGCUGGCUUCACAGACUUCGAGCUCGUAAUGGUAGAUUUUCGUAAAGGCGAGCAAAAGUCCAAAGAAAAUAUGCAGCGACACCCCUGGGGCAAAGUGCCAACGAUCGCCUUUCCCAACGGCUUCACCCUCUACGAGAGCCGCGCGAUUUGCAAAUACCUCGCGCGGAAGUUCUCCUUCCCACUGCUCCCACCCGACUCCGACAUCGAGGCCACAGCUCUCUUCGAUCAGGCGGAGGGCGUGGAGACGAGCUACUUCGCGGAACCUGCAGCUCGGAUCAGCUUUGAGAGAUUCGCGAAGCCCAAGUUUUUGGGGUUACCUACCGACGAAGCUGCUGUCUCAGCUGCGGUGAAAUCACUCGAGGCGUUUUUGGAUGUUGCUGAAGGCCUCUUGAGUCAGCGCGACUACAUGGCUGGAAAUGACUUCACUCUUGUCGAUAUCUACUACAUUCCGCUGGUCCAGCGACUUUUUGUGGUUGGAUUUGAUGAUCUGAUUGUCAGUCGGAAAGCAGUGAAUGCUUGGUGGACUCGUUGCUCAACUCGACCGGGCAUACAGAAGAUGCUGGAUGCUGACAAGCAGGCAGCGGCAGCAGCAGCGGCUGGUAGAUAG